AGCUCGCGGUCGCUCCGAGGCGCGCGCAGGCGGUCCUCCGUCGCUCCGUUUACCUGAGGGACCCGCGGCCACCCACGGCCGGCGCCGCAGCCCCCCAGGAGCCCGGCCCCGAGGUGUGAGAUAUUUCAAUCAAAGGAAGAAAUAGCUCUUCUCCUAAGAUGGAAUCUGUUGUUUGGGAAUGUGGUUGAUCAACUUGAUAUGUUGGCCAAGUGGUGCCCUGUGUAAUAAAAUGAAAAAAAGAGGCAAGAUGAUGUCAUUUUCCCAUAUUGUGAAACCAAAAACAAAUGCCUUUUGUGAGACCAAGUUAACAAACCUCUGACGGUGCAAAGAGUAUUUCUGUUUGAAGAACUUAACAGAAAGAUAGAAGAAGUACUUUCAAGUUGAGACCUGCAAGUGUACAAAGAUCCAAAAUACAUAUUGAGAAGGCCUGAUCAUCUGAGUCUCAUUCAGUCGAGGAAGCAUGGCUAUGAGUUGGAUCGUCUUCAUUCUGUGGCCCUUGACUAUGUUUGUGGGGCAUAUAGGUGGGCACAGUUUGUUUUCUUGUGAACCUAUUACCUUGAGGAUGUGCCAAGAUUUGCCUUAUAAUACUACCUUCAUGCCUAAUCUUCUGAAUCAUUAUGACCAACAGACAGCAGCUUUGGCAAUGGAGCCAUUCCACCCUAUGGUGAAUUUGGAUUGUUCUCGGGAUUUCCGGCCAUUUCUUUGUGCACUCUACGCUCCUAUUUGUAUGGAAUACGGACGUGUCACACUUCCCUGCCGUAGGCUCUGUCAGCGGGCUUACAGUGAGUGUUCGAAGCUCAUGGAGAUGUUUGGUGUUCCUUGGCCUGAAGAUAUGGAAUGCAGUAGGUUCCCAGAUUGUGAUGAGCCGUAUCCUCGACUUGUGGAUCUGAAUUUAGCUGGAGAUCCUACUGAAGGAGCCCCAGUGGCAGUGCAGAGGGACUAUGGUUUUUGGUGUCCCCGAGAGUUGAAAAUUGAUCCUGAUCUUGGCUAUUCUUUUUUGCACGUGCGUGAUUGUUCACCUCCUUGUCCGAAUAUGUACUUUAGGAGAGAAGAACUUUCAUUUGCUCGAUAUUUCAUAGGAUUGAUUUCAAUCAUUUGCCUCUCUGCCACAUUAUUUACUUUUUUAACUUUUUUGAUUGAUGUCACAAGAUUCCGUUAUCCUGAAAGACCUAUUAUAUUUUAUGCAGUCUGCUACAUGAUGGUAUCGUUAAUUUUCUUUAUUGGGUUUUUGCUUGAGGACCGAGUAGCCUGCAAUGCAUCUAGCCCUGCACAGUAUAAGGCUUCCACAGUGACCCAAGGAUCUCAUAAUAAAGCCUGUACCAUGCUUUUUAUGGUACUCUAUUUUUUUACUAUGGCUGGCAGCGUUUGGUGGGUAAUUCUUACCAUCACGUGGUUCUUGGCAGCUGUGCCAAAGUGGGGUAGUGAAGCUAUUGAGAAGAAGGCAUUGCUAUUUCACGCCAGCGCGUGGGGCAUCCCUGGAACUCUAACUAUCAUCCUUUUAGCGAUGAAUAAAAUUGAAGGUGACAAUAUCAGUGGCGUGUGUUUUGUUGGCCUCUACGAUGUUGAUUCAUUGAGGUAUUUUGUUCUUGCACCCCUCUGCCUGUAUGUGGUAGUUGGGGUUUCACUUCUCUUAGCCGGCAUCAUAUCCUUAAACAGAGUUCGAAUUGAGAUUCCAUUAGAAAAGGAGAACCAAGAUAAACUGGUGAAGUUUAUGAUCCGGAUUGGUGUUUUCAGCAUUCUUUAUCUUGUACCACUCUUGGUUGUAAUUGGAUGCUACUUUUAUGAGCAAGCUUACCGUGGCAUCUGGGAAACAACAUGGAUACAAGAACGCUGCAGAGAAUAUCACAUUCCAUGUCCAUAUCAGGUUCCUCAAAUGAGUCGUCCAGACCUGAUUGUCUUUCUGAUGAAAUACCUGAUGGCUCUCAUAGUUGGUAUUCCUUCCAUCUUUUGGGUUGGAAGCAAAAAGACAUGCUUUGAAUGGGCCAGUUUUUUUCAUGGUCGUAGGAAAAAAGAGAUAGUGAAUGAGAGUCGACAGGUGCUCCAGGAACCUGAUUUUGCUCAGUCCCUCCUGAGGGAUCCAAAUACUCCUAUUAUAAGAAAAUCAAGAGGAACUUCCACUCAAGGAACAUCCACACAUGCUUCCUCAACUCAGCUGGCCAUGGUGGAUGAUCAGAGAAGCAAAGCAGGGAGUGUCCACAGCCAAGUGAGCAGCUACCAUGGCAGCCUCCACAGAUCCCGUGACGGCAGGUACACUCCCUGCAGUUACAGAGGAAUGGAGGAGAGACUACCUCAUGGCAGCAUGUCACGACUCACGGAUCACUCCAGGCACAGUAGUUCUCAUCGGCUCAAUGAACAGUCACGACAUAGCAGCAUCAGAGAUCUCAGUAAUAAUCCUAUGACUCACAUCACACAUGGUACCAGCAUGAAUCGGGUUAUUGAAGAAGAUGGAACCAGUGCUUAGAUUGUCCUAAGAUGGAAAACUUGUGUUGUUUGAAAAGCAGAUUUUCUUCUUUGCCUUUGCAUGACUGAUUGCCAUAACUCACUGUUAUGAUGCUUUCAGUCAGGUGCAGAUUGUGUCCAUUGAAAAGUAAAUUUUCGCUUUUUAUAUUGCAACAAACUUGGAACAUCAAGGCAUCCAAAAUGCUAAGAAUUAUAUCAUCGCAUAAAUAAUUCUUAUUUCUAGGUUAUGAAGAAAUAAUUAUUUGUCUGGUAAGCAUUUUU